CGCUGUCAUACCAUAUAAUUUCUAAUGUAAAAUGAGUCUAAAAACAACAGUGAAUUUAAAAAAUGUUAUUCAUGGUAUUCAACUUGUCACUGCAUGUUAGAAAGUAUGGUUGGGAGGAUCAUUUCUCAGUCUGAGCUCAGUCCCGAAGGGUUUCAAUACUCAAGACAUUCUAGUUGAUGAUCAUUGUCUCUCAGAGAAGACCUGCUAAACACUACCUGCAGCAAGAUGUUGGUUUUAUUUCUCUGUGUGCUCUCUCUGACACCAGCAGCUACUGAAGAGAGUCUCAGAGGUAAAGUGCUUCUGUUUCCAUACAUGACCAACACCAGCUUUGUUCAGCUCACUUCUGAAAAGCCACUGAGUCUUUCAGCGUUCACUCUCUGCAUGCGUGCUGCAAUGGAGCCAGGCUGGAGGGAAAUUGCUCUGUUCGCCUACCGCACGCCCGAGGUCGACGAACUCAACUUGUGGAAAGAGAAAGACGGUCGUUUGUCCUUGUAUCUUCAGUCUAGUGAAGAUGGAGCACUUUUCAGCCUGCCUUCUCUCUCCACCUUUCAGACCCACCUGUGCGUCACCUGGGACUCUGCGACUGGUCUCACCGCCUUCUGGGUGGACGGACGUCGCAGUUUGUUCAAGAUCUAUAGAAAAGGUCACUCAAUCCGUCCUGGUGGCACCGUCCUGCUCGGCCAGGAUCCUGACACAUAUGUGGGCACAUUUGCCCGGGAUCAGUGUUUUGUAGGAGAAGUUACGGAUGUGCACAUGUGGGAUUAUGUUCUCUCCAGCAGUCAGAUUAAGGCGGUUUAUUCAAACCAGGAACUCAAUGGAAACGUGAUCAACUGGAACACUGUAGUUUAUGACAUUAAAGGCGAUGUGCUAGUCGUGCGCGAUGACUAAUUGUGUUCAGUCACAUAUGCAGUGUCCAAAGCUUUAACAUUUAGACUUUACUCUUGUAAUUUCAUCUUAAUUCUUGAAACAUUUCAACUUUAUUCUCAAAACAUUUUGACUUUAUUCUUGAAAUAUUUUGACUU